UCGCGCGGAGCGGACGACGAUGACUCUUUUGACGAACCAUCCGGUAUGCCAGCCGGCAAGCCGGCGGUUGGAGAAGUGGUGCUCAACGUUGUGAAUGCACUGGUACGUGAUGCAAUCGAUCGUGGUGUUGUGGACGAAUACAUCACGAGUCGACUGUACGCUGUGGUGCAGAAGUAUGGAGGAUGGCGAAUUGAGUUGGGCGAUGAUCCACCCGCACGGGCCCCGCCUCUCAAGAUCAAGCUAAAAACUGGUGCAACUCCGUACCGA